AUGGCGUCACUGGCAACCCAUUUCACAGCCUCCCUCUUUCUAUUCCCACUUGGAAUUCGCCGUCUGCUUGGCUCCUUUUAUCUGUAUCUUAAUAACCCAUCUAUUUACAGAUCUAGAUCGUGGUAUUUCUCGGAGCCCAAGUGGAAAAACUUUGAUUUCUACACUCUUCUUGUAGUCCUUCCUGUUGCAUCAUUCUCCCAAAUUUUCUUCUUUCUUGUGUUUCAAGGCCAACCCGCUUACAGAUUUUCGUUGUUACAACAAUCUCUUGUCAUUUUCGUCUUCUGGGCACUCUUGAUUUUGAUCAUUUUGAAAGAAAGUUUGGAUCUUUCUGUUGUUUCCGAGAGUUUUGUGUUCAUAUUUGCUGGCAUUGCAUUUGUGAUUGAAUUUUACUUGAACGGGGAUGGAAUUGUAGGGCUUGGUGGUGUUGUAUAUGGAAAAUUGGGAGGGACUUGGGUUCUACAAGUGGGAUUAUCGUUAUACACAGAUGCAUUUGGUUUGAAAGGGUGUGCUAAGAUUCCUGGCGUGGCCCCGACCAAGGGGGAGUCUAAUGUCCAGUGUGAGCUUGAGGAGGAUAGAUUGAGGGGUGUGGCAUUGAUGAAUUUUUUGUUUGUUGGACACGUUACAGUGGUGAUGAUUACGAGCUUUCUGUUGUUCGGAUUGUUGCAUCGUAAUAGGAAUUUGAGGCGUGGUGAGUCUAGCGGAUCAUUGCUGGCUGAGAUUGGAUCAGAGGGAAUGCUGAUGCGUUCGCUUCCUGAAUUUGAAAUGGAAUGA